GCUGCCGGGAGCCCUGUACUAUCAGUCAUGGUCAACCCCACCGUGUUCUUCGACAUCGCCUUUGACGGCGAGCCCUUGGGGUGCAUCUCCUUCAAGCUGUUUGCAGACAAGUUUCCAAAGACAGAAGAAAACUUUCAUGCUCUGAGCACUGGAGAGAAAGGAUUUAGUUAUAAGGGUUCCUGCUUUCACACAAAUAUUCCAGGGUUUAUGUGUCAGAGUAGUGACUUCACACGCCAUAAUGGUACUGGUGGCAAGUCCAUCUACGGGGAGAAAUUUGAAGAUGAGAACUUCAUCCUAAAGCACACAGGUCCUGGCAUCUUGUCCAUGGCAAAUGCUGGACCCAACACAAAUGGUUCCCAGUUUUUCAUCUGCACUGCCAAGACUGAGUGGUUGGAUGGCAAGCAUGUGGUCUUUGGCAAGGUGAAAGAAGGCAUGAAUAUUUUGGAGGCCAUGGAGCGCUUUGGGUCCAGGAAUGGCAAGACCAGCAAGAAGAUCAUCAGCAUUGCUGACUGUGGACAACUCUAAUAAGUUUGACUUGUGUUUUAUCUUAACCACCAGACCAUUUCUUCUGUAGCUCAGGAGAGCACCCCUCCACCCCAUUUGCUCGCAGU